AUGUCGUGUGUCUGUCUUCUCUCUGUGUGUCUCUCUGCUACUGCUGUAGGCACGUAUCAGGGUCAGUGGAGUGGUGGCAUGCGUCACGGCUAUGGAGUACGUCAAAGUGUUCCUUAUGGCAUGGCUUCUGUCAUCCGCUCACCUCUACGAACUUCGCUGUCUUCACUCCGCAGUGAGCAGAGUAAUGGUACAGUACUGCGUGACAGCCUAUCCGAUAGCCCUGCUGGCACACGUGGUGGUUUUGUGCUCAACUUCCAAUCAGAUGGAGAGGGUUCAGAGAAGAGAAAAGGUCUUUUUCGCCGUGGCUCCUUUUUUGGUAGCCUUCAGCGACUACGCAAAUCUGAUUCACGCUCAUCAAUUUCUAGUAAGCGCAGUUCAGCACACAGUGACACUACUAUGAGCCGCAUCAGUUCAAGUGACGCCAACUCUACCAUUAGCUUUGGAGAUGGAGACCCUGGCGAUGACUACCUGCCUCUUGAGGACAGUGUGGAUGCUACCACCACCGAGUCGUAUGUGGGCGAGUGGAAAAAUGACAAACGCAGUGGCUUUGGUAUCUCUGAGCGGUCUAAUGGCAUGAAAUAUGAAGGCGAGUGGUUGAAUAAUAAACGCCAUGGCUAUGGUUGCACCAUCUUUCCUAAUGGGACGAAGGAAGAAGGGAAGUACAAGAACAAUACGCUGACCCGGGGUAUCAGGAAGCAGCUGUUCCCACUAAAGAAUACCAAGACCAAACAAAAAGUGGAUCGUGCCAUUGAGGGAGCAGUGAGAGCAGCAGCCAUCGCCAGAACCAAAGUUGAGAUUGCCAUCUCCAGGACGUCCCAUGCCCGGGUCAAAGCAGAGUGUGCAGAUCAGGCUUCACAAUCAGCCUGCCAGGAUUCUGAUAUUGCCCGAGCUGUGGCCAGGGAGCUCUCCCCAUCUUUCCAUCAGCCAGGACCCGACUACACACUGCAGAAGUACGGUGACUCGCAAGAUGUAACGGAGAAGCCCAGAGAGGAGACAAAAGAGAAAUCUCCUCCGGGGAGCCCACAUUUCUACAGGAAAGGCACAACACCAAACCAGUCUCCAUCUGCAAGCCCAGGUCCCAGCCCUAGUCCUUCACCUACUGCUGCUAAAAAGGCUUUUUACAGCAGUAAAACUCUUGCCUCUGAUGCAGCAGCGGAGGCUUUGACAGCAGGCAUAACAAAAGCAGCGUCAAAACUUCCUCUGAGACAGCAAGUAAGGCAACAAGAGGCUUCUCCAGCAGUCAAACAGUCUGUUACCACAACAGUCAGCAGUAACUCAAGCAAUGGACAGAUUCACUCCCAGUACCCUGGUUACCAUGUUAAAGCAACUCUUAAGAUUCAACCCCCUGAAGAACCAAUUGGUGUAGUGGGUGAUCUUCACCCAUCUGACCUUGUACACUUGCUGCCAUCACCUGUCAAACAAAUUCAACCACCAGCACCAAAACCCCUGCCAGCCCAAAAGCCUUCACAAGUUCCAGCAAAAGAUGGCACCAAAGCACAAGAGCCUCCCAAGGAAUCACAAAAAAAGGAAUCAAGCAAAUCAAGGAACCUUGCAGAAACCAAGAAAGCCAGUAUGGAAAUUGAUCCUGAAAUUUUAGAGGACAAAUCGGGCCCUAACUCGAUCUUGGUGGUUCUUGUGAUGCUGUUGAAUGUAGGUCUAGCAAUCAUUUUUGUCCAUUUCCUCACCUGACCAAAUCUGGGCUCGGGUAAGAAUUUGCAGCUGUAUUUCACAACUGAAACUGGUUUGCUGUUGUGUUUAUCAUCAGGAAAGAUUGGUCAUUUAGAAUACAACCUCAAUACAAACUGUAUAUAAAAACAGAAGUGCAGCGAUCUGCAAAGCUAUAAUUUAUUCACAACAGAAAACAGAAAGAGAAGCAAAUGUUUACAAUAAGACUGUACCCCUUUAAUAAAAUAUUACUUUAUGAAAAAGUUAAGACGGUGGCAAUAAAAGACUGGAAACUGUAAGUGGUACUAAAAAGAGGAACGUUUUACUAAUACAUACUAAUUAUUAUCAUUUUACAAGUAAUCAAAAAGGAGUUAUCUUUAAAAUCCUUCUAUUACUUUAUUCAGGUCCCAAUGCUUUUCCCUGCUUUGUCCCCUCUCCACUACAGUGUCAGACCUCUCAGGUCAUCAGGUGCACAUCUUUAAACUGUUCCCAGAAUUAGAUCCGAGUGUGGUGAGGGGGCUUUGAGUUACUGUGGUCCUUGUUUUUGGAACAUGAGUCCCUCUUUAGUCCAGACAUGUUUUCCACGAACGAUCUAAAGAAGGAACAUCUUGCUUUGUUACCUGUGCUCAGUUCAAAAGUCUGCAUAUCUGAUGCUAUGGGAUGCAUUAGUGCUUAUGGAAUUGGCAACGCCAUCAUCAAAAGUGUUUAAUAUGUGGAUCCAGCUAUAUGACGCCUGAAGUUCUUGCACAUUUUUAAUUUGUUGGUGUAAACAUGAUAUUUUCUGUUGUGAAUAAAAUAUGGCUUUAUAAUAUGUGCAAAUUAUUGCAUUUUACACAUUUUUGGAUUAAAGGCUCAUCAGUCCGAGUCAAACAUGGCUGCUGAUUAAAUUCAAAACUGUAUUCACUCCACUGACAUGACUGUUGUAUCAUUAACACAUUUUUGUUCUAUCCCUGCAUGGCACCUUCACAAUGGUACGGUUCUGCUGUGGUAAUUCUUCUGUUUUCAGUUAGCCUGGAACGUUUGUGCUCCAAUUAGCAAAACUGACCCAUGGACCUGGUUUGAAUAUAUGUUUGACACUGACGGAUGCACAGGACACGAUGGAGUAUCCAUGGAGACUCCAUCCUUGCCUCAUCCUCUGGUGAAAGGACUACGAGGAAGAGAGAAAUUAAUAAUUCAGUCAUUUUUUCUAAUCAUUGUAUUUUUUCAGGUUUCAGUGUAUUGCACAUCAAGUGUUACUGUGAUGCUGUGGAAAGCCAAGUGAAUAACUGGAACUGAGUGCCUGAGUAGACUGAGGGAAAGAGAAGCUUAGUUGGUUGUUUAAAGGGUAACACUGGUCUUUUUUUUUUUUAAUUGUUACUACUAUUGUCCUACAAAAGGAUGAUAAACAGCUACUAACAGUGAUCUAGCCCCUUUCUCCCGUUUUUACAGAACCUAAAACAGAGCACCGUCCCACUGGGUGGCGUUCCUUUAAAACAAUGAGUUCUAGUUGGUCUAACAGUUAAAGACGACCAAAGCUGUUGUCAUGUUCAGACACAGUCCUGUUUACGCUGCUUUGCUUGCUUCUUGGCCCACAAUCAUGACCUAUAAACUUUAGGCCAAGGAGGUCUCGAUCAGUCGUCCAGGUAAGUAAAUCCAUCUGGAUGUAGCGUAAUUAUGUGAUUACGCUACAUCCAGAUGAACAGAAUCAACCUUUUGGGAUUUAGGAUCUUUGAGAAAUUUAAGAUGUGGGGUAAAAAGUCCUGACAGUCCUGACUGACACACGAGAGCUAAACUAUAUUAGUAUCAGCGAGAGUAUUCAGAAUUGUGAGGGCAGGUUUGGAUAUUAUUAAUUUCAUGAGCUGUUUGUAAACAAACUAGUUUUCAAAUGGUUCAUAAAGAAAGGAGACUUUACCAGGUGUUGCUUUGUUAUGUGCUUUUAAUAAACUAAUAGGUGUUGGUAGAAAUAAUCAAUUGUUCACAUGAAAGUUGUGAGAAUGAUUCUGUAAAGCAGACAUGGGAUCCCUCUGAUUUACAGACAGGUUUCUUUUCUUUUGUGGCUUAAUUUGGAAACCUUAAUUCAAGUACACAUUAUAGCAUUCAGUUGAAGGAAGUCUUCUGUCUCGCCAGCCACACAUAAAAACUACAAACAUCACAAGCUUUGCUGGUAGCAGUUUGAUGCUCCAGGAAGCCAAAUAAGUACAUUUGAGUCUAUUGUAUAAUGGAUUUACCUUAACCAUCAAGUUCUGCUGCUAUUUUAAGAGCACUCCACUUUCCUUCUGCUUAUGAAACUGAUGUGAACAGUAUAUUAUUCAGUGUGUCACAAUGAUGACAACACUUUAACUUGAACUUUGUUUGGGGACGGGGAUGAACAUGAAUGGAGUACGAUGGGGUGGUAAGCAAAGGCUGUGUUGGUCCCAUGGAUGUGCACACAACAGCAUGCAAGAGGUUGUUUGCAGUGAAUGAAUCUCCUGUGAUAAUGCUCAGUUUAUUAGAAGAUUUGCUUCUUCCACAAAUUUGAGAUCACAUAAAAGUGGUCUCAGUGGAACUCUGAGCCAUCUAAAAUAGCAGUUGUACUGGAAGUGAUCCAGAGAUACCCACAUAUGUAUAAACCAGUGCUGUGUCUACACAUAAGACAGUUUAGCAAAAAACCAGUUUUAAAAUGUAUCUUUGCUACCAGCAGUCUGUUGGGGGGGAACAUCAUUUGCUUCUAAUUUUUUAGUUGAAUUUAAAAUGCCAAAUAUAAAACAGUUUCACAUUUAUAAAACUAAAAAUUUGAUUCAGAAUGAAACAUUGUUAAAUUGUUGGUUCAAAGUAUCAUCAAUCUGUAGCAGGGGGUAAGAUAAAGGCCCAAGGGUGGGUGUUGACAGUCAUCUGUAAAACACAGUGGAUGCUCUGCCAUAGUUUGGGGCUGACGUCACUAAUGUCAUUGAUCUCGUCAGUAUUAAUGGAAUUAUGAGCAAAGUACUGUGACAUCAUCCAGCCUCCCCACAGUCUGGACCUCAACAUUAUAAAACUAUGAAUCCCACUGACAGAGACUGGAACAAAAGGUGCUUCAGAGAGUUCAGACUGUAUUGAGUAGGGAUGCACCGAUACCAAUACUGGUAUCGGGUAUCGGGGC